GUUCGUCUGACGUCGCAACACCCUCAAGGAUUCAAAUGGUUCACUCCGUCGUGCCUGCCCUCGCUGUGGCUACCACCUUGUCAAGCAUGGCGCUCCUGGCUCCAAUGGCUGAUGCACACCAGAUUGUGCUGCUCCCGGAACCCCAAUGGACGACUAAUGACAAGGACACCAAGUACAACCCGUUGGCGUUCCUUGAGAAUCAGGGCUUCAAGACGCAGGAGGACUUUCUAUCGUGGCGCAAUGAGAACAACUACAAAUCUCUUCGUGACUUCAUGGAUAACGCAAAGUACGAAGUGACCAGCGGUGCCGACUUCUCCUGCGGUUUUACGGACCCCAAGGGCACCCCGCAGCCCAUUCCGGCAGGUAACGCCAUGCGUUCCACCGGAUACACGCACGACGGCCCGUGUGAAGUGUGGCUCGACGAUACUAUGGUGCUUGAUGGUGAAAACUGUCACGAGAAGUUCCCUGGCAAGGACUACACUGUGGACUACUCGUCGUGCAAGGGCACGUGCACGCUCCGUUGGUACUGGCUGGGUAUUCGCUUCCUCAAGAACCAGUACUCGUGGCAGGUGUACAAGGCCUGUAUCCCGCUUUCAGGCUCGGGCGAGGCGACACCGACGACGUCGGGAUCUGGCACUCAGGGGACAGAGAGAACGAUGCAAGCGACGCCAGCCCCUGAGUCUCAAGCGCCCGCUGCGGAGACGCCUUCGUGGGGUGGAAACGCUCCUACGACCUGGGGUUCACCCACGUGGGGCCAACGCAGCCUGCGUAACUAAGAGAGGCUUGACCAAAGCACCAGGCUAGACCCAUGUAUGUGUUUGUGAGUUGCGAUUCUAAGUCGCUAAAAUACACUUUUUCGUUGUCGUAC